CAGUCAGCAAACAUGUUUCAUUAAUUGUUUUUACGUUUUUAAUGACGUUUACUUUGACAACAGACUAGAUUGUUUCUGUCGUUCUUGAUAAAGUCAGACGUUUUAAGAGACCUAGAGCAAGUUGGAAACCCGUGACUGUUACAAAGUCUGAAUUUGUAAUUAUUACAGACAGAACUCGGCCACGGUAAUGUCUAGGUUACAACUGCGUAGAAUGUAACUAACACAUGCGCAGUGAAUCCUAGAGCAGCUUGGGCUCAGCAUUUUAAAAACUGGGUCACCACAGAGUUGUAUCCUGACGAGAACUGUGUUCAGCAGUCCAGUGCAGUGGAUCAGCUGCUGUGAUGUUUUUGUCUUUCCGUAGCCUAACAUGAGCCUUGUGUCUAAUGUAACCAAUGAAAACAGGAGUGCUACCACUGAAAAUUUACCAGAGUUGUAUCUGAACAAGUGCCUUAAUGACAGAAAUUGCCAACCUCGAGAGAGCGUAUGUUUUGAAGAGUUAGCAGAACUCAUCUCCGCUAGUUUAGCUGACAUGAGUUCCUUGUCUGUGAAGCCAGAAAAGUGUGCCAUAAUCCAGGAAACUGUCAGCCAGAUCCACAGAAUCCAACAACAACAAGCUGCUGGUGAAAGAGAUGAACUUCAAGAAAGCGAGGUGUCAUCAAGUAAUUCUAGCAUACUGAAUAGUGAAGUCCUAGGUCCUCUCUUACUGGAGGUGAGUUUAUGAUGUCUUGU